UUUUAUUUGGAAGAGCAGAUGGCAAAAGGAAAAGCGAAGAACAACACCGACAGUUUAAAUCCAGCCCAGCCUCGGCCACUCAGGUCAAGAAAGAGGGAAUGUCCACGUGAUGAAAUACCAGAGACUGAUAAUAUUCAUCCUGCUCUCCAUCAUCAGGACACUGAAAGAAAUAAUACAGCAGUGGAUGCCACUGUGCUGCAGUGCCACCAGUCUCCUCUGCAGGAAUCUGCUGUAAUUCCAACUCACCCACAUGAGGCAGCAGAACAGUCUCGUCUCACCAAACAAGAUGCUGCCACGGAAGAAAAACCAGAAGAGACUACGGUCAAGAAUCCCAAUUCUCAGCCAGAGGGCUUUAGCGUUCACACUGUCAAUGAUGCCAGUCAGAGUGGACAGGAAAACGAGGAAAUAACUGUGGGGGAAUGUGACAGAACACCAUCUCAAACAUGCACUGAUCGACACCAGGUCCUCUUACCAACCUCAGGAGAGGGUAAAGGGAUCUGUGCAACCGCCUUGGAGGAUCAACUGGAUGCAAAGGACAACUCUCAGAGUAAUUUGGAGAGAAACCAAGAAACCAUCCACGAAGAAUGCAGCAUCAUGUACGUGGCCGAUGUCACAAAGGAGGCAGAGGUGGGACUACCAGCCAAAAAGAAGCGACGGAUGGGAAUGUGUGGUCUGACGGAGAAGGAGCGGAGUCACUUUCUACAGACACAAAAGCGUGAAAACGGGCAGAACAGACCGGAGAAUGCUAAGAAGGAGAUCUGUAAUAACACUACUGUCCUUGUGGCUCAGGAGGUGAUUACAUCUUUGUAUGAUUUACCGUUCUCACUAUCCAUCCCAGCAGGGAGUGUCACAGAGCACAGCGAGGCAGAGAUGACACUUCAGUCCAGUCACUUUGGAGGGGGUGACAGGAUAGAAACCGAAGUCCACAUUGCUGUCACAGCCUCAGUUGGUACUAGUACUUUGUGUGAUUCAGACUGCUCAAAGCAAAAGAGUUGUGAGGCUGCAGAAAGCAUAGUACCUUCUCCAGAGCUAACUGAGGACACAAAGUCAGGUCCACCCACAGAGGAGGACCUUUUGGGGAAUGAGGAUCACCAGCAAUGUGAGGGACGUACAGCCGUGAGUGUGGCUGAAAAACCUAAGCAACAAAUGAAAGAUGAGGGAGAUGGGUCAGCAGUCGUACACCCAAAUCCUGCCAUCAGUUUCGAUGAGGAGACUGAGAACCGGGAUGCAAAUGCAGCUGCCCCUCUCCAGAUGACCCGGACCAGAUAUGAGAAGAAGGAAGAUUUGACUUAUACUGCGGGGGACUGUGCUUCAUCCACAGACACCCUGUCAGGAGGAUACAGCUGUGGCCCUGUGGAGCUCUGUGAGGCUGCAGUGUCACCCGGUGGCCCAGAGAGGAAAGACAGUUGUGAUCCUGAUGAUGAAGCUGGUGCUGGUCCUUCGACUCUGAAUGCUGAGCCCCUUCAGACCAGGGACACCACUGACACGUUUGGAUCUGGAUACUUGGAUCAUGUGUCAGACUCGCAGCUGAACACCAUCGCUCUGAUCGAGGAGGAGGUGAUGGAGAGGGAGGAAGAGCUUGAUUCCCCAGACUGUCAAGAUUCUACUGAUCUGAUCUGUGGGCUCAUUAGAGAACUCUCUUCACUAAAUCAAAAGGUCAUGGCCACUCACAGAGAGCUGGAGAACCUGCGCCGCAGCAGUAAAAAUUCAAGGAGUUCAAGGAGUUGAGGAUUUUAUUUCAAGUCCUUGCUGCCCAAAUGGUUUGUGGGUAAUGAAAGCAAAUCAGAAUGAAAAGUUGUAAAGUUAUAAAGAACGUUCAGUUCAAUGGCUUGAUUAUCUCGUUCUUCCAAAUAAAGUCGAGUGUGGUUGAAGUCA